AUGCAGCUCAAGUGGUGGAUCGCGCAUUUGUUGCUGCUCUCGCCGACACUUGGCGUCUGCGCAGAGGAGAAAUCCCCAAUUUAUGUUUCAACAGAAGAUGCUGACUCUGAUCGUAUGCAGCUCGGGACAAAUGACGUUCGCGAGUUCGGAGACUUUAUAGAGAAUGCGACAUUGUCCGCUGCCUUCUCGGGCUGUGGAUUGUGUCAGCAAACUGGCCAAUGUGACCAUGCUUUCCGUGGUCGUCCAGGCCAAUUUUGUCUUGGAAUGGCAUCUGGUGCACCAUGCUGCUGUCCACGGGAUGCGCAGUGCGCUGCUAACCCAUACGAAUGUCGCUGUCGACGCAUCGUGCCCACCUAUCACUACGAUGACGACAAUUACCACUCUAGGUCGCAUCGAAGUGGUGUGUCAGCGCGUCGUGCGCGUCAACAGCGAGAAGAGGAGAUUGUGUACGCACAACCUGUUGCUACUAGCCAAUAUGGAACGUAUCCAAAUCAACAACAGCCUUCUUACCCCUAUGCAUCGGGCCCAAUGGUUUAUGAGUCAUCUCCGUAUCGUGAGAGUAGCGGUAACUCUUCGAUGGCAGCAGGUGCACUAGGUGCACUGGGAGGGUUGGGUGUUGGCGCUGCGCUGGGCUCUGCAUUUGGUGGUCACAACAACGGGAACAAUGGCAAUGGAUACGGUGGAACUAUGGCGGGCGUUACAGAUGAUACGUAUACCUUUAGCGGGGAUACGGGUGACUUUAGUGGAGAUACAGGUGAUUAUGGAGGAAAUGACGGCACUUUUGCCGGUGAUUCGUAUUAA